AAAAUGGUUCGCGCCCCAUCUUCUCGAGCAGUUUGCUGAUAGCCAGCCAACGUUGUCGGUUUGUUGAAAUAUAAUCAACAAUCACCAAGUCCUCGUGCACUUUGUUAAAUAAAUAAUUAUCAAAUAAAAUUAAUUAAAAAAUAUAUAAAAAUGAGUGCUGAAGAAGAAGUAUUAAAAAUUCAAAAAAAAUUGAAUAAAAUGUCGAGUGGUGAUGGAACGGGACAAGAACAAGCAUUGGAGUUGCUCAAAACAUUGCAAACACUUCCAGUAACACUUGAACUUUUAACUAAAACAAGAAUUGGAAUGACAGUUAAUGCUCUACGUAAAUCAAGCACUGAUGAUGAUGUUAUAUCAUUGUCAAAAGUAUUAAUUAAAAAUUGGAAAAAAUUUCUAUCUGGAACAAAAAAAGAUGGUAGAGAUAGUGGAUCAACAAGCAGUACAAAAAAAGAUGAACGUAAUAAUAAAAAAGAUGAUGAUACAAAAAAAGAAAAAGAUGACAGUGAUAAUAAAAUUCAAGAUGAUAGAACAUCAAGUAAAGAUUCAUAUAAAAAACAAGCAUCAUUUCCAGCAACUGGUUCAACAACAACAACUGAUGCUGUUAGACUUAAAUGUCGUGAAUUACUUGUAUCAGCAUUACGUGUUAGUGGUGAAACAAUUGAAGGAUGUGCAACACCAGAAGAACUUUCUGAAGAACUUGAAGAUGCUAUUUAUGCAGAAUUUAGAAAUACAGAUAGCAGAUAUAAAAAUAGAAUUCGAAGUCGUGUUGCUAAUUUACGUGAUGCUAAAAAUCCAACAUUACGUACAAAUUUUUUAGUAGGUGCAAUACCACCAACAAGAUUGGCUGUAAUGACUGCUGAAGAAAUGGCAAGUGAUGAAAUAAAACAACUACGUGAUAAAUUUCAAAAAGAAGCUAUUAAUGAUGCACAACUUGCAACAGUACAAGGUACAAAAACUGAUUUACUUAAAUGUGGUAAAUGUAGACAACGUAAUUGUACUUAUAAUCAAGUACAAACAAGAUCAGCUGAUGAACCAAUGACAACAUUUGUUUUGUGUAAUCAUUGUGGUAAUAGAUGGAAAUUUUGUUAAAUAUAUCUUCCAUUUUCAUUAUAUAUAUCCAACAAUCAUUUAUCGUGUUUUUCCCAUUUUUUUUUUUUCAAACAAUUGACGUAAUUAAUAAAGAAUUCUAUUAGAAACUUGGAUAUUCUUUUUUUUUUUUAUCAUCUUGCCUAGAGAAAACCGUCAUACAGUUGAUCAAUCAUUCAUUAAUUGAUUUAAUGUUAUGAAAAUUCAAAUUUAAUUAUUCAAAAUUAAUUUUUGAUUAUUUUAUUUGUAAAUUAUUAAAUUCUUGAUUCAAGUUUUUGUUUUUCCUUUUUUUUUUAUUCUUUUGUUUCGAUUAAAGUUAUAAAACUUGACAUAAAAUAAUAAUUAUCAUUAACAAUGUAAAUGACAGUUAUAAACUUGUAUUUUGGUUCUUUUUUUUUUUAUUCUUUAUUUUUUUUUUUCUACAAAAUCGUAUUCGUAUUCGUAAAAUUACAUGAGUUCAAAAAAAAAAAUAAUAAUGUAUAUUGUAUUAAUUGAUUACAAGUUUUAGGAUGAAUAAAAAAUAAAUCAGUGUGUAAAA